AGCUGGGGGUAGCAUGGCCGCAGGUGGGCUCCUCGUGCGUCGUCUCCGCGCGCCCUUGCGCCCCCUUGCCCGGAGCGUGCUCUCGGACGCGCCGCGCGCCGGGGCCAUGCACGGCGGGGGCGGCCCCCGAAGCCUCGCCAUCGAAGGCAACAUCGCUGUGGGCAAAUCCACCUUUGUGAAGUUACUCACGAAUACUCACCCAGAGUGGCAGGUGGCUACAGAACCUGUAGCAACAUGGCAGAAUAUCCAAGCUGCUGGCACCCAAAAAGACGGCACUUCCAAAGGUCCGGGAAACUUGCUAGAAAUGAUGUACCAAGAGCCAGCGCGAUGGUCCUACACAUUCCAGACGCUUUCCUUUAUGAGCCGGAUGAAAGUGCAGCUGGAGCCCCUCCCAGGGAAACUACAGGCAGAGAAGUCCGUGCGAAUCUUUGAGAGGUCUGUGUACAGUGACAGGUAUAUCUUUGCAAAGAAUCUUUUUGAAAAUGGAUCCCUCAGUGACAUCGAAUGGCACAUCUAUCAGGACUGGCAUUCUUUUCUCCUGCAGGAGUUUGCAAACCGGCUCUUGAUACAUGGCUUCAUCUAUCUCCAGGCUUCUCCCCAGGUUUGUUUGGAAAGACUGCACCAGAGAGCCCGGGAAGAAGAGAAAGGCAUUGAGCUGGCCUAUCUUCAGCAGCUGCAUGGUCAGCACGAAGACUGGUUUAUUAACAAGACUACCAAGCUCCACUUCGAAGCUCUGCGCCGUGUGCCGGUGCUGGUGCUGAGUGUCAGUGAUGACUUCUCUGAAAAUGCCGCCAAGCAAGAGGAGCUCAUGAGACAGGUGAACGCCUUUAUAAAGGACCUGUAAGCAGUAAUUAGACAGCUUGGCUAUGGUCUGAUCCCGAUUUGCUGAAGCUAGCAAAUGUUGACCUUCCAUCCAUCCUGUGCACAGCUCCUUGGCCCCUGAGGCGUCCCCACAGUGGGGUGUGUGUGUGUGUGUGUGUGUGCUGUCUUCACACUGCUGUGGUCUUUUUUUUCUUCUUCUUCUCAAGCACUUUAAAAAUAAAGCUGACUUAAGUUUGUUUUUCUA